CGGCUGACCAUGACAUGACAUAGGGAGUCCGUGUCCGUUGUUAUCUGACUUGAGUGUCUUUACCCGCCUAGCUCUAUAAGCAGGGUAUCAUAUCUUUCCCACCUGUACUUUGCUUCUUUUUACCCCUCUUCUUAUUCUCCCACCAUGCAAGCUGAACAAGCUUAUCCUUCCACGUGAACUUCUUAUCCAUCUUUGCUUUUCUCGAGUGUCGGCGCGCUCAUUCUUCUCGCGACGAGAUACAAUCGGCUUCCACCAAUACCAGGCCCGAUUAGCUGACCGAGCAUGGCCGUCUCCAUGCAAGAUGAAGAAAAGGGCAUGAGAGCUCAGGGACCGCUCUCGACUUCCUCUGAUCUCAUUAAGAGUCCAUCUUCCUCCUCCCCGGUUUCACAAAGUGGCAAUCCAUUUUCAAGAUUUAUUCUCUCCGUGCUUGAAACUCGAGGUCAUGACCGUAUACCGGAAUCUGAACGGCUCAAGUGCGUAACGGCCAUAGACUACUUCCGCAUGGGUGUUCUGUGGUUCAGCACAAGCAUUACAGCCAACAAUGUCGCCGUCGGUAUGUACGGUCCAUUAGGCUAUAACCUUAGCUUUGUGGACUCGGCCCUCUGUGCCACAUUUGGCGCUUUCUUGGGGGCUGCUGGGGUUGCAUUUAUGUCUAUUUUUGGACCUGCGAGUGGAAAUCGCACGAUGGUCGUUGCGAGAUAUUUCAUGGGCUAUUAUCCCAGCAAGAUUGCCUGUCUGCUGAAUAUCAUUAUUAUGCUUGGUUAUGGGAUGAUAGACUGCUUAGUCGGUGGCCAAAUUUUGUCUGCGGUGGCUGAUGGGAAUAUGACCGUUGUUGUCGGUAUUAUCAUCGUCGCUAUUAUCACCUGGUUGGUCGUCGUCUUUGGUAUGAAAUUUUUCCACGCCUACGAAGGAUGGGCGUGGGCUCCUCAACUGGUCGCCAUGUUCGUUCUCGUGGGCUGUGCAGGUCCUAAGUUCGACACUUCCAUCGUAUCCAGCGGCAACACCGAGACGUUGAACGGGGAUCGCCUGACAUUCUUCUCUCUAUGCCUCUCUAGCUCCGUUGCUUGGGCUCCUGCUGGUGCUGAUUUUUUCGUCUACUUCCCGCCAACCACGUCCAAGUGGAAAACCUUUGUGUCUGUCUUGUUCGGCCUCGGACUGUCCCUGACAUUUGCCAACCUAAUGGGUGUGGGGCUGGCCUCAGGCACCAUUACGAACCCUAAAUGGGCUGAGGCGUACGAUACCUCUUCCGGUGCUCUUAUCGUGGCCGGUUUUGAUGGCCUCGGCGGAUUCGGCAAGUUUAUGGGUGUUAUUAUCGCCUUGGGAUUAAUCUCCAACAACAUCCCUGGGACCUAUUCCGCCACCCUCGGCUUCCAAAUCAUGGGACGUCAUCUCGCCCGUCUUCCUCGCUGGUCCCUGGCCUGCGUAAGCACAAUCAUAUAUACCGCCUGUGCGCUAGGAGGACGAAACCAUCUUUACGAUAUCUUUGAGAACUUUCUUGCCCUCAUGGGCUAUUGGGUCACCAUUUACCUGACUAUUGCCCUCGAAGAACUCUUGAUCUUCCGCCGCACGCGCGGCUUCGACUGGGAUGCUUGGGCAGAUCGGUCUAAGCUGCCCCUCGGCAUCGCGGCUCUGGCAACGUUCCUCAUUGGUUGGGCCGGAGCGAUCGUUUGCAUGGACCAAGUCUGGUACAUUGGUCCUAUUGCCAAAAUGGUUGGCUCAGAUGGAGCCGAUCUUGGAAUCUGGGUCGGGUGCUCGUGGGCCAUGCUAGUGUACCCCCCGUUGCGGUACUUCGAGUUGAAGAAAUUCAACCGAUGA